CUUGACUAAGCCGCAAACAUACAACAACCACUCUCCCACCUCCACUACCUUACACACAACCCUGCCUCUCACUCUGCGACCCCGAUACCUUCCCUUCACGCAAACUUCGAACUGCUCAUAGCAAUGGCGUCUUCAGCGCCCGCUCAAGCCACGCCGACGAGAAUACGACCGAGAGGUGGAAGACACAGCAAGGACAAGGAAAGCAGCAGCACCGGCAAUGGCCAACAACCCACCGUUCGCCUGAAGGUUGUGAUCCGCCACCUUCCCAGUCUACUCAAGGAAUCCGAAUUCCGCGGUGUAAUGAGCAACUACGUCAACGACGACACUUGCGACUUCUUCAGCUGGAACCAGGGCAAAAUCCCGGAAGAUCGUAACAAAGCUCCGACACCAUCGCGAUGCUAUAUCAAGAUGAAGGAUCCGAUGCAAGUCGCAGCUCUUAACAAUGCCAUCCGAGCGCAUGGCAUUUUCACGGACAGCAAGGGAAACUCAUCGUUGCCCCAAAUGGAGUUCUCGCCAUUCCAAAAGGCUCCAAAGAAGGUCCAGCGCGUCGAUACUAGGGCUGGGACGAUCGAAUCCGACCCCGAUUUUCAAGCUUUCCUCGCAUUACUAAACCCUACUGCAGCUUCUGCCGGCGCGGAGGGGGGGGCAGAGGGCGCAAUCCCGCCUACACUCGACGCAAAUGCACCUGCUUCCAUCCCGGCCAACGACCCGCUCUCGGUUCCGUUGCCCACGAAUGAGCCGUAUGAGAAGCCGAAGACCACACCCCUCAUUGAGUUUAUCCGCAGUCAAAAGGCUUCACCAGGAGACAAGGCAAAGAGCAAGGCUACCGAGAAAGCGCCCUCCGAUAGCGGCCGCCCUAAGAGGGACCGCCGGGCGAGGGAGAAGGCGAAGCUAAAGGGGAAGGAGAAGGAGAAGCUAGAUGGCUCGAAAGCAAUCGAGCCUCUGGCGCUUUUGAAGCGAGCCGAUUCGGGUCCGAGCCGUCUUGUCCGGCAGGGUGCGUCGAACAUUGCGGCAUCGUCGGUAUCAUCAUCUGCGCCCAGAGGUCCGUCUAACCAAGCUGCGCAGAAAUCGGAUGAAAAGGGAGUCACGCCGGAGCCAGAGACUGGGGAAAAGGGCAGACGUAGAGAGCGCGAGCGUCGGCGCGGUGGUAUGUCUGGUGUCGCUGCAAUUCUUCAGCGUGAUCUGGGAAUUGGUACGGCAGCCAGCGGUCGGCGUACUCGCGGAAGGGCUGCUCCACCCUCAGAGCCCGCGACUCCAACCUCGACGACUCCCACUACUCCCGUGACCCUUUUCGUUACAACACCUACAACCCCAUCAUUUGGACCAUCGGUGACUGGAUCCGAGCCCACUACCCCCAGGACACCACAGCAACUUCCAGAUUCGCCUUCCCGUUCACAGCAGAGGCCCCGCGAACGCCCUUCUAGGCGCGAACGACGGGCUGCAAAGCUGGAGCGCGAAGAAUCCAACGUUUCCAAUACCAGUACUAGUGCACCUUCAACUCCGAUCGCUAUCCUCGGGAGCCAGAGCUCAGGCCUUGCCCCUGGUAGCCCCGCGGCGAUGCUAGUGAAGCGUGAAUCCACGCUGGGUGAAACCUCCUCUGGCAAUUCCAGCGUCAAUGCCAGUCCCUCUGCUCCUGUUCUUGCCCCUCUCAACACAAGCAUUCCGCAGGGCCCGGCAACGACCACGCCCACUACACCUACCGGACCGAGGGGAGGCAGACACAGAGGGCCGAGAGGUCACAGGGGAGGAAUGAUGGCAGUAGGAAACUCUGCUCCGGCCUCACCACAGGUUCCCGCCAGCCCGACUCCUCCCACUGGUCCCGCUGCUGGAGUUCACGGACCACCAUUCGGAAGAGGAGGACAUCGCGGAGGACACCGCGGUGGCAGAGGUCAGCCGUUCGGCGGAAGGGGCGGAAGAGGAGAUGGUGGUCCUAGGGGAGGUAUGGCAGGAGGUCCUGCGGGCAAUGGUCAGAGUGCUGGUGCUCCUCCUCCUCCUCCGGCGGCGGCGGCAACUUGAUUUGUGCGUUUCAUUGGGGUGGGCGGCGCAUGAGCAUUUCUUACCUUCAUGAUUGGGUCCUCCACUAUUGUUUUUUUUACGCCUGUUACAGCCUACGUCGCUGUUGUUACUGACUCUGCUGGCCAUUACAAAUGAACUUGAGAGCCUUGUAUUCUACGCCCUACUGAAUUGAUGCCAUCAAAAUGUGAAGUUAA